AUGUCUUCUGGCUUCUGCGGCCACGUCCCUUUUUCUACGGAGCGCGAACGCUUGUUCGCAACAGUGCGCGUCCAAAUGGCCGAAGUUAUUGGAAUCGUCGCUUCAGCCAUUACCAUCGGCGCCAGCGCGGCUCAACUCUCACUCGCGCUGUUCAGUGUAGCCCAAACGCUCAAGAAUGCUCCUAAACAGAUUGCAGAGAUUGCACUAGCGGAAGAAUUUUCCCUUGUUUCCGAAAGUCUACAGACACUUGCAGAUAUUCUUCGCUCCCACCAGGACUUGUGCAAGCCGGCGCUUUACAAGAACACACAUGCCAUUAUUCUGCGGUACAAGCAAGUCGACGCGGAAAUGAAGAAAUUGAUAGACACGCCUCAGAAACUGGCAGGUCUGCAGUGGUUCAUUAACAAGCCCAAGGCGAAAGGGCUUCUGAAGAAGAUUGAAGGGAUCAAGACUGCCCUCAUCUUGGAAUUGAACAUAAUACGCCUUGCAAGGGAAGAAUUUAAUCGCCCUCACCCUGCCAUCGAUUCAGGGGCGUUACCAGAAUACCGUCCAAGGUUCAAUCGAUUUCGCAAGAUUGUGGAGAGCGCCGUCCAGGCUAACCGAAAGGUAGUCGAAAAUGCGCAGCAGGACAACGACAAAGUUGGCACUGGCGGGCGGCGCUAUACUAACGCAGAGUUAGACAUUUGGAAAGAAGGCUCUUUCGACACUGCGACAUGGCUCUAUCAUCUGGUAUUCAGCCCUGAGGUACUAUCUGAGGAAGGUCUCAACACGCGCCGGCUUCACCAGGCAUCUGUUGCUGAUGACUUUUCUGAUAAUGCCACAGCCUCUGAUAAGAGAGACGCUGACUCAGAUGAAAAUUCCAUGAUUGUGUGGAGUAAGCAAACCGAGCCCAGUUCAGUGGUGGACAGACUCCUCUCUUCAUGGACUACGCUUUCGUCGGACCAAAUCACCAGUAGUGCAGCCGACCAGGAUGGCGACGAGUGGAGAGAAAAAUUGUUGAAAAACAUUGAAGAAGCAAAAAAGGAAGCCGACUUGUCCUUUGACCAGUGGGAGAUGCAAAACGAACCUGUGAAAUCCGACGACGAGACAUUCAAGAAUAAUUUUUAUAGCAACACCAAGAACCAUCGCAAGCGUGGUGUUCAGAAAUCAGCUGACACCGGUGCCUGGGAUGACCGAUUCAACCAAUCUCCAGUGCUUAGCGAAGCUAAGACUACCACUGCUACCGUUGAACGCCAUAUCGACCAAGACCCAGGAACAAAGCAGCCAUCCAGGGAGCGCCGGGUGAGAUGGGAAGCAGAUCCAUCGCCUACUGAGCGCUCUCAUUCGCGUCCUUCCAGACAAAAAAAGCCAACAAGACAGUCACGGCCCGUGUUUCCUGAUGAUGAUUCUCCACCCCGAAUUCCUUAUAGGAGUCCUGUUCAUCCUCACGUAACCAUAGAACGUAUCGACAGACGCUCCGAAGAUAGCCACAACCCAUUUGCUCCCAAGCGAGCCCCAUCACCUACUAUGUCUGCACCUCCACUAUCAUGGCAGGAGCCAUCCUGGGGGCCACAGUUUCAGACACACUACCAGAGGCCAUCAGAGAGCUCUUAUUCUACACAUGGUUUCUCUUGGCCAUACCCCCCUUCAGCUACACUUCCUCGUCAUGAGAGUGCUUUUCCACCGCCGCCACCACCACCACCUAAACCGGAGCUUUAUGCACGAUCACAACCCAAUGCUUUUUACCCUACUCCUCCCCAUGUCUCCUCAGAAGAACGAUUCAAAGAAACUGGAACAGCGGCCAAGGAAAAGGCUAUUAUUACGGCGAUAGAGAAGCUACUGGAAAGGCGAAGCCAGAAUGACCAGCUCGAUUCUAGCGACCCACGUUUCCUAAAGCUGGUGCAAGUCUUGACCGCGCAGCAAGAGCGCGAAGCGCAGAAUGAGCGUGAGCGAGCUGAUGCAGCCACUGAAGCACAGAUGAGACUAAUACAAGCUGCUCACGACAAAGACUAUGAGCGAUUGAGGCAAUUGGAAAUCCUUGCAGCAGAGCAAAAGCAAGAGCAGUCAAGGCAACAGGCCGCCUGGAAAGAAGAACGGCUUGCAAUGGACGAAAAAGCUGCAAAGCAAGCGCAGGAGGCGAGAGACAUGGCAAUGAGAGAGAUUGCUGCAGUGCAGUCUGCGAGAGCAGAGGCAGAAAGACAAACACAAGAACGAGCUGACGCGAGGGCAGCCGAAGAAAGAAGACGAAUUGAAAAUCGCCACAAAAAACAGUUGCAACAUUAUGAAAAUCUACUACGGGGGUUUCAAGAGCAAAAGCUGAAGACAGAGCAAGACACCCAGCACCCGAUACGGCGGACUCGCAUUGCCGAAGGCAAUCGUAGUGUUGAUGUGACAGAGUACUCAACCGCCCAACAGACUUCUCUUUCCAACUCUUCAUCGAAUUUGAGAAGCCUUCAAUACGGAUUUGCACAGUUUGAACUGGGUAGCAAGCAACCGCGCAGUCAAAACCAGUAUCCACGGCAUCUGCGCCGCGAUAGCUUCCGCAGCUCGGCUGCAUCCUUGCAUUCAUCACAUGCAUCAAUAGGAACUAUGCGUAUGUCUAAUACAACAGAGACCUCUCAACAGUUGAUUGUCUUCCCAGCGAGAACUGAUAGAGGCUCACAAAGACUGGCAGAACUUCAGACAUCGCUUGCUGCACUAGGCAUUGGAUCGACAUUUGGGGAUCCGGACAGUGAGCAGUUGAAUCAAGUAGUACCCUAUGGCUAUGAUGACCCAGGCGAACAAAUGGUUCGGAGCACCAUCUUUUGGGAAGCGUCAAUGCUUAGCUUAGGGAGCGAGCUUCUAUUGACUAUGAGACAAGCCGGAUGGAGACCUGCAUAUACACGGGUUUCUGGCAAGGGUCAGACACACUUUCUCGGAAGCCAGCCAGUCCACACCUAUUUCUUCAGUCCGGACUACAAGCCCCAAUUCUCGCCUUGUAUGGACCCGUCGGUCCAAGAGUCGAUCAAUAUCCAGAAAUCUCUGGUGGAGGAAUACGCAUUGAUUGAACUGGGUUUUCAGUACCAAGCAAAGGACUCGUGCAUCUAUGUCUUGGAUGGCAGGCUGACUUACUCUAACAGUGCCCAGAGUGACAUCGAAUCCCUGGUGGAAAGAUCUUUCCUCAUGAGGGAGAACAAUUACCGAAGACUACAUCGCCAGCUCCAAUGGCACUUCGACAAAGGCGCUGCUCCCGCAGCACCGUCGACUCCCUGCCCCGAAACAUAUAUGCCUCCGGUAUCGUCAAUGUAUGCAGGGGACGAUAAACACACUGCUUGCGAAGACUCCGACACGGAUACUGAAGGUAAAGCGAGCUCCAUAGCGUUCACACUUGAUCAGUCUUACCUGGGUGAUUUUGACGAAGGGGAUCGCCCAUCCGCGCGUAGUAGCGACGAGAGCCCAGUCAAAGCGUCCUCGAUUGCUUCUUCAGCUUCAAAAUCAACAAAUCCCUACCGCGCACACAUGUUCCUGAAUAAAGAGACCAACCAUAUGGCUAAGCGGGAUUUGCUUGGCAGAAGCAUAUGGGAUGGUCUGGGGACUGCACCCAAAUAG